AUGCAAGGCGGCGGGGGAGAUGGCGACACACCUCCGUGUUUCUGCCUCGUCUUGGCGGAGCCGGAGGCGUUGGAGCUCGCGGAAUGGGUGCGUGACGUCGUAGCGGAACGUUUAACGCCCCCUGUUAAUAGGGUGGUGCUCCGCAACGUUGGUGCGUCGUCAGGUGACGAGUACCGCUUCCACGCCGCUGCGUUGCUUUCAUUGGGGCAGGUGGCGGCAGACAUCAUCCGUCCCACCGGCGGCACCAGGAACGAGACUGCUGUGACGGCAUCCAAGACAGUGAAGGCGGUUUGCCUCGUCAUUGCGGUGUUCUGGGACGGACAGAGCGAGUCCGUUAAGGCGGAAUUUACUCGUCUCAGAGAACUUUCGGAUGUCAAGAAAAGCACCGAUGCAAACGAGGAUAAAAAUAGGAAUGCGGAGAAGGACAUCGACGACAGUCACUUAAGUCAACUGCAGUUCUCGGAGACGCAGUUUAUUUUGCAGGCGCUUAGCGCCAAGAAGGGUGAACACACAUUGAAAGAAAACAGUGAGGCUUUGGUGAGUAGUCUUCGAAAAAAGUUGACUCUUAGCACCGCUGUACGGUACGUUGACCCACAAAAUAGUGAAUCGCUGGCGUUGAGUAGAAAUAUGUCGGCAACGUCAUGCUUUUUGGCGCCACCGGCGUCAUGCGAUGGGAAGGGAACUGUCAUUGGAAGGGAGGAUUUCAGCGAGUCCACCAUCGCGGCGUCUAUCACGGAGGGUCAAGGGGAAUGUUUUUUUCUUGUUUCUGGACGUAGCAUGGAGGAAUUUCAGCAGCGUGUUGCUCAGUUCCGGGAGUCUGUAAGAAGCCUUGGCGUUGGCUGCAUGCCAUUGGUAGAAGGGCCGCGUGGGAUUCAGGGGACAGGCAGCAACGACGUCAACAGCAACAGUACUAUUAAGAGUAGUCAUGGUAGCGGUGGUGUGGGAAACGGAACCGGGAAUAAAAGGGCGAAGAUUAUUGCGCAGGAAUUUCUUGUUCGUCAGAGUGAGUCGGAAACGCACAUUGACCUACGCCUUGCCAUGUGCGGUAAUGUAGACAGCGGCAAAUCAACACUCACGUCCGUUCUUACGCGUGGUUGUCGUGACGACGGACGAGGUUCCGCACGUGCAUUUGUCUUUAAGCACAAACAUGAGGCGACAACGGGGCGCACUUCAAGCAUCAGCGAGAAUUUCCUUGGACUCUCCUCGACAGGAGAAGUAGUGAACUACACCAUUCCCGCACUAAAGCGCCUGGGCGGUGGUGGUGGAAUUUCCGCCGGGCAGCUUGCACAGGAGGUGGUGGCGCAGAGUGCAAAGGUACUCACGCUAUACGACCUCGCCGGUCACGAGCGUUACCUCAAGACGACGGUGCUCGGUAUGACUCGAAAUAUGCCUGACUACGCCUGCAUCGUGAUCAGUGCAAACAAUGGCAUUCAACGCAUGACAAAAGAACACAUUGCCCUUUGCCUUGCACUUAAGAUUCCUUUUUUUGUGGUCGUUACUCGUAUUGACUCUACCCCGGAAAACGUUCGACAGGAGACGUUGAAAAGCAUUAAUAAGUUGCUUAAAAUUCCGACCGUGAGGAAAUUGCCCUACCCGGUGCGUCGUAUAGAAGACGUUGUGCUUUCUGCGAAAAACCUGCGUAUCGACCGCAUAGUGCCUAUUUUUGAGGUGAGCAACGUUACAGGGGACGGUAUUCAGGACUUGAUUCGUUUCUUAAAUCUCCUCCCUCUGCGAAAAGAUUGGCGCAAGGCCCGGAUGCAACCUCGAGAAAUGGUGAUUGACAGCACAUUCUUUGUGACCGGCGUUGGCACGGUUGUUGGAGGGAUUGUGACGCAAGGCGUAUUUCACGUGAAUGACGCAGUGCUUCUUGGCCCAGACAGUUUUGGCGCGUACCGCACGGUGCACAUCAAAUCCAUUCAUGUGAAGGGCAUGGAACAGCAGGAGGCGGUGGCUGGUUGCGACGCCGCAUUUUGCCUCAAGAAGGAGAAGCGUAACGCCAUACGCAAAGGCAACAUUCUCGCCGACCCGCACCACCCGGUUGCGGCAUAUUGGCAGUUUGAGGCGGAUGUCACAAUCCUCUACCACUCCACUACGAUAUUGGUGAACUAUGAGCCUGUCAUUCACUCCGCCACCGUGCGGCAGUCCGCUCGCAUCGUGUACGUGGCGCAGGAGGUUCUCCGCACCGGCGAUCGGUCACUCGUGCGGUUUCAUUUUCUCUACCGUCCCGAGUUCAUGAAGGUGGGGCAGCAGCUCAUCUUCCGUGAGGGGCGCACGAAGGGGAUUGGAACCGUGACGAAAGUCAUCGUUGACCGGAUGGAGUCGCUUCUGGUAAAGAGGCGGCUGCGGUAG